CUCACUCUACCCACCAAAAUUCCGCACACAAAAUCUAAAGUUCACAAGGACUCUAGAUUAACACUCAUUUUCACGUUUUCAAAAGAAACGAAAAAGAUUUUAAAUCUAUAACAAAGUCUAUUCACCCCCCCUCUAGACUUUGUAUUUCACCACUUUGGGACCACCAAUUGGUAUCAGAGCAGUCUUCUCACUAUCUACGUUUAGAUUAACGAGAAGCGAUCAAAAUGGUGAACAAUAUGGAUCACGGUUUGCCCAAGUUUUCUCUUCUAGGUUAUGAUGAUUGGAAGAUCAUGAUGGAAGCACAUCUCUACGCUCUACAUGAUUGCAUGUGGAUGGUGCUUGAGGAUGGACCUUUGAAAAUCCAAAUGGAGAAUCCUGAGAGGAAUCCAGCAACUCCAGACGUAGUCCAAUACAUUCCAAAGCCCAAGGAAAAAUGGGAUGAUAGAGAUUGCAAAAAGCACAAUCUGGAUAACGUCACCAAAGCAGCCAUCUUCAUGACACUUGACCCAAUCACCUUCUCCAAAAUUAAACACCUCAAGACUGCCAUGGAGAUAUGGCAAGGUCUUGGGAAGCUAUGUGAGGGUUUAGAGGACUUGAGAAAGCAGAAGAUAGAAGUCCUGCUUGAGAAGUUCAAAGGCUUCAAAAUGCUUCCCGGAGAAUCAUUUGAUAUGCUGGAUGAAAGAUUCCACAAAAUCUUGAAUGAUCUUGCAUCACUUAACCACGUUCUUUCUCCCAAAGAAAAGAAU